AUGAUAACAUUUUCAGGCAUAUGGGUUGGUGGUUUCGCGUUCUACUGGGUAUUUCUGUUCAGUCGAGGUCUACCGUCAAGCACAACGUACACGGAAUACGUAACAAAAGCGAAUAGCCGUACUACCAAAUGGGCGCAGAUAAUUUUCGAUCUGAUGCCGGAACGAAGUGAUGAGAACGAGGUCGCUAAUGCAAUUACGCUAGUAAACGACAAGGUUUUCCCCACAGAAUCGUUCACAGAGUCGUUCUUCCCGUCAACGGACGAGGAAGAUGAAAAGACACGCCUUUGA